CCCAUUAGGUCCGAUUUGGUUAAAGUGUGACAUCGCUGCACACUUCACUUGGGCCAAAAACACCACAGGUCAAGCACUUUACCAUUUCUGCAAAGAGGAUAUAUACAUAUAUAUAUUUGAGGUCAUCUCCAGAAGACCAACACAUCUUAACACACCAGCUGCUGGAGCUUCAGCCAUGAGAGUGAUCAACCUGGGCCCAGACCCGUCUCUGACAUAUCGCCCUGAUUUGAACAAAACCGAGACCAAAGAAAAGGAUGACUACAGAAACUUUGAGAGUGGAAGUCUAUUUGACCGUGUCUUCAACACAUACAAACUGAUGCACACGAACCAGACACUGGAGUUCGUCAAGCAAAAGAACUCAGAAUGGACCAGCUGCAAGCAUGCUGAGAUGAAGAUGAUGGACGCCAUCAUGUCUCUGGACCAGCUGGUGGAUGAGUCGGAUCCAGACGUGGACUUCCCCAACUCCUUCCACGCCUUCCAGACGGCUGAAGGCAUCCGCCAGGUGCACCCAGACAAAGACUGGUUCCAGCUGGUGGGCCUGAUCCAUGAUGUUGGGAAGAUCAUGGCUCUAUGGGAUGAACCCCAGUGGGCUGUUGUGGGCGACACCUUCCCUGUUGGCUGUAAAUUUCAGAACUCGAUUGUGUUCAGACACAACACCUUCCUGGAAAACCCAAAUGAGAAAAACCCCACCUGCAACACUGAAUAUGGGAUCUAUGAACCCAACUGUGGCCUGGACAACAUUCUCAUGUCCUGGGGUCAUGAUGAAUAUCUCUACAGAGUAAUGAAGGCGAACAAGUGUCUCAUCCCCGAGGAGGGUUUGUACAUGAUUCGCUUCCAUUCCUUCUACCCCUGGCACUCACACGGAGACUACAUGCACUUGUGCAAUGACAAAGACCUGAAGAUGCUGCCCUGGGUCCAAGAGUUCAAUAAAUUUGACCUGUACACAAAAACCACCGACCUGCCCGACGUUGAUGAGCUGAAGCCGUACUACCAGUCUCUGAUUGACAAGUACUGCCCUGGAGUGCUACGAUGGUGAAAACCCAUGCACUUAAUUACACUGCGUAACGCUAAAGCUGGACUUAGUGCUUCAUGCUAUCGAUUUCUACAAAGCUUUAAUCUAUGCAGUAAACAUCUGUCAAUCUCACCUUGUGCUUUCAAUUUUUGUUGUUUUUUAUAUAUACACACACACAUAAGAAAAAUUUUAAAGAACAAUGAAUGUAGAUGAAAAUUUUUAUUGUAUUUUAUUGUAUUACAUAUGUAUA